UGUGAUCUUUUAGCUCGUCUGCCGCUGGGUCCAAACCCGCGACUUCCUUUUCCGGCUACUGCCCGCGACUUCGCGAUUAGACACCAACCGGCUGGACUUCAGCCCAAAGAUCUUUGCUUCAGCCCACAAACGUGUUGGGGAUUGAGCGGCCGAUGCUGGGGGCGAUGAGGAGUGGGGCAACGCUGGUCUCCGUGCUGCUCUUCCUGGGCAGGGCCGCGGGCGGCGACGCCUGGCUCAAGCCCACCGACACCGACACCGACACCGAGGACUGUUUCUGUCACCUGACAGGUGUCUUGGAUGAUUGCUUCUGCGACAUAGAAAGUAUUGAUGACUUCAACAGUUACAAGAUCUUUCCUAAAUUGAAAAAAUUGCAUGAAAGAGACUACUUCAGAUAUUACAAAGUAAACAUGAAACGGCCCUGCCCCUUCUGGUUAAAUGACGGACACUGUUCAAUUAACGACUGUCAUGUGGAGCCUUGUUCUGAGAGUGAGAUACCAAUUGGGAUUAAAGCAGCUAAUUACAAUAAAGAAGUGAAUGCAGAAGAGUUGCAAGACUGUGAGGAGGCAAAUAAACUGGGCGCUGUCAACAGCACGUUGAGUAACCAAACAAAAGAGGCUUUCAUUGAUUGGGCAAGAUAUGAUGAUGCACAAGACCAUUUCUGUGAACUUGAUGAUGAGUUGUCUCCUGAUGCGGAAUAUGUGGAUCUCCUCCUAAAUCCUGAGCGUUACACUGGAUACAGGGGUUGGUCAGCUUGGAGGGUGUGGAACAGCAUCUAUGAAGAGAACUGUUUCAAACCUCGAUCUGUCUAUCGCCCUCUAAAUCCAUUGACACCUGGCAGAGGAGAUGACGAUGGCGAACCUUUCUACAACUGGUUGGAAGGUCUUUGCCUUGAAAAGAGAGUAUUUUACAGGUUAAUUUCUGGACUCCAUGCUAGUAUCAAUUUACACCUUUGUGCCAAGUAUCUCCUUGAUGAUAUGUGGGGAAGAGCAAAAUGGGGACCAAAUGUAGAAGAAUUUCGAUUUCGAUUUCACCCUGCUGAAACGAAAGGAGAAGGCCCAAGAAGAUUGAAAAACCUUUAUUUUUUGUACCUAAUUCAACUGAGAGCUUUGUCGAAAGUAGCUGUCUAUUUUGAGCGUUCAAUUGUGGACUUAUACACUGGAAAUACAACAGAAGAUACAAUUACCAAAAAGCUGCUACUGGAGGUUCUCAACGAAACCAAACUAUUUCCUAUGCACUUUGAUGAGAAGUCAAUGUUUGCAGGUGACAAGAAAGAAGCUAAGACUCUAAAGGAGGAAUUCAGGCUCCAUUUUAAGAACAUUUCACGGAUAAUGGACUGUGUUGGGUGUGACAAAUGCAGAGUAUGGGGUAAACUGCAGACUCAGGGUUUAGGUACUGCACUGAAGAUUUUAUUUUCUGAGCGGGAAAUUAAGAAUCUCCCUGAGCACAGCCCCUCAGCAGGCUUUCAGCUCACCCGACAGGAGGUUGUUGCUCUGUUGAAUGCAUUUAACAGACUUUCAACAAGCAUACACGAGUUGCAGAUUUUCAAAAUGCUGCUUACGGCUAAAAGGUAACGUGCUUUGGAAAUGACAACUAUGGAUACAGAGCAGAGACUGAAGUUGCCUAGUCUUUGAUGUUUGUCAGAAAUUCAGGGAUCCAGUAGCCAUUGCAGACUUCACGGUAUUGCGUUGGUAUGAACUACGUCCAGUUAAAAGCAGAGAUGAAUUGGGUUUGGUAAUAGAGAACAACUAUCUGUAUUUCAAUCAAUAACAUUUCCUUCUUAACCUAAUCCAAUGAAGUGCUCUUAAGAUAUUUGAGUAUUUCCAAACCUUCGGCAUUCACCAUGCGCAAGCUUUUUUCUGAUUUACUUGCAAAAUAAACAAGAAUCUGUUUAAAAAUACCACCAAACCUUACCCAUUAAGGAAAUUUGAAAUCCCUGCAGUGGUAGAUUUGUCUAUUAUUAAUGGAGUAUAAUUUUGUUUUUGAUCCCUGUGGUUUGAGAAAACUUUGUUGAACCCCAACAGUGUUGGCAAUGCAGUGUCUUCUUAAGUACCACAGUAUCUUCGAUCAUUGGCUUACUAAAAUUAUAAUUGACCCUUAAAAUUCUCAGAGAUGCAAUAUGCAUCUCUAAUAUAUAUAAGAUGCAAUUUCUGAAUCUGAAAACUUUUUCAAAAGAGAAUAUUCUGUUACUUUGGGGUGCAUAAACUGUCAUGGUGUCAUUUGUAUAUUGUGAUAAAAUGUGACUUUUGUAAUUAAAAAAAAAUAAAAGUAACCGUUAGGCUGGGUUGUAAUUUGACUGCUGUGCAAUGAAAUAUAUGGACUUUGAUGCAACAUUUAACAGUUAAAUCCUGUGGAGAAGGGUUUUUAAAUGUUGGUAAUCAAUUCAUAUAAUGGAUUUUAAGACUACUUCAGAAAAGCAUUUGGUGACUGUUACAAGGAUCUAUAGAACUCUUUAUUGUAUUAAAUGUAACUAUUUCUGCUUCAAACCUUGGUGAUGGUACACUAAAAUACAAAUCAAAAAGCAAUAAGGAAUUCAAUAAUCCCUGUUGCAUUAUCAGUGAUUAUCUUUUAUUUGAGGUCCAGUUUGGGUUUCGGAUGUUUGCCAGGUGCAUUCACUUGAAUAGGAAUAGGGGGGAAAGGGAGAGGCUGCUAUAAUGAAAAUGUGACACACACGACAGCGUUAAUUUUGUCAAAUUCCUACAAUUAACUGUUAUUUUAGAGGAUUCCAUAUUUGUAAUAUAUUUAUUUUAGUUGUUUUAAAUUGGCAAUUUGGCAUGUAUUAGUGGCCUCUAUUUGGAGAAGUCAAAUUAAUUUUAUCUAGUAUUGGUAGUCACGUUUUCUCCACCUGCAGCCUUUUUAAAAAGGCAUGCAUGACGUGAGCGAUGUUGGCAAGACCAGCAUUUAAUGCUAUCACUAAAUGCAUAUACGAAGGCUGUUGAACUGGCUAUAUAUAUAAUGCUUUCUUGUUCCUAUACAUAUACUACUUUUGUCCCUCUAUGGUAAAGUUUGCUAGCUGUCAAAAAAGCCUAGUUAAAUUCUGCAGUCUAGUUACUGGUAUAACCUGAGUUGGUACUGGUAUAAUCUGUUGCUGAUGGGAAGGAGUGGUUAAGGUGGUGGUGGCUUGCCAAUAAAAAGGGCCACUUUUUCCUGAGAAGUGUUUUGAACUGUCCUCAUCUUGGCAAGAGAAUACAUGUCUUUGUAGAUGGUGAUGAAAAUUUGAGAUGUCACAUGCCACAAAAUAGUCACCCUUUGAUCUGUAUUUACAGCAUUGUGUUUUUAUGUCUGAUCCUUUACGUUUUAGUUGCUAUGGACUCUUAAGAUUAGGAAGUGCAUGAAUAAUGAUUCCUUUGUUUUGAAUGGAAAAUCUCUCAUGUAUAGAAAAACAAGUUGCUAAAAGCAUGAGUUUCUAGUGCUAACAGUACAUUGAGUAAAAAUAAACUGCCGGUGAAACUCAGUGGGUCAGGCAACAUUAGUGGAAGGAAAUGAACAGAUGACUGUCCAUUUCCCUCAUUUGAUGCCUGAAUGAGUUCCUCCAGCUGUAUGUUUUGUGCUCAGGAUUCCAGCAUCUGCUAUCGCUUGUGUCUUCUAACUAAUAAAUUAAUAGUCUAACUAAAUGCAACAAUAAUUUCAUUCUGGCAAAUUAAAUAAGCUGCUGUUUUGAUCUACAGGGUACUUUCAGAGUGAAGUACAAAUGCUGAACCAUCAUUCUUUUCCUCAAAUGUUGCAUCACUCAAAUUCAGUUAAAAACUUGCAAUAUAAAGCUCCGUUAUAGUUUUCCAUCAAGGUCUUGUGGUCAAGAUCAAUAUAGGCAAGCAACUAAUAAAAGUGAUUGCAAAUUGCAAUACUUGUUUCUAAAUUACUGUAGAUGUUUUUAAAUUAGUAUAUUGAACACAUUUGCAAAAUGACUGGAAUAACCAGACCUGUGUGAACAAGCAAAAGUCCAACUAUUGCUUUAAGCUCAUUUAAAAAAACAACUGUCAUCUUUAAUAAUAGCUUCUGCACCUCGUUGCUUUAAUGCUUCCCUGAUUUGCAUUUGCAUGAUCAGCACUAAUAUUUCAGUGCAACUCUGCCCUGCCUUAAGUAAAACAAGUGCUCAGUUAAUGUGACAAAAUUGAUUGUAUUUUUUUUUGUUAUUUGAUUACUACUCGCCUAUGUUCUAGAUCAUUCCUAGUUAAGUUUGUCUCGAUCUACAUGUACCAAACAGCUGUUCAGUUUGGAACAAAAUGUUUUGAAAUGCAACCACUGUUUACCACACUUGUCAUAUUUAUUGAAAGAUAAAUAAAUUUUCUUGGUGAUCCACUUUCAAAA